GUUAACAGAUCACCGACGGAACGGUUGGUGAAAGGACGAACUGACUGGCGGUUUAACGUUCGUUUUAUUUCGUUAUUUAAAUAGUUUUUAAGUUUUAAUUUGUGUUUUCAAAAAAAGUGCAACUUAAUGCAGUUAAAGACACUUUGGCGCCCAACAACUCUUCGAGUAGUGUUUUUUUUAAUUGUUUUUACUCGUUCACCUGAUGCUCGGUCGUAUUUAAUCUGCAGGUGAUGCCCUACCUGUGCUUUUUUACCUGUCCCUGCCCUAAGACCCUUAUUUGGGUCCGUUCAGUGCAAUGUCGGUUCGGUUCAGUGGCGUCUUCGUUGUACCCGGCGAAAAACCCGCGGAGAAAACAAAUAAUCCGCCGCAAAAAAUGAAAAAUGUUGCCAUUGUGGCGCCAACGAGGAGUAACAGCUUGGAUUAUUUGAAUUUCGAGGAGAAGCGCCAAUUGAUUGCGUCCAGUUUAAGUUUGUCGGAUUUUUUAAGUGUCGGAAAGGAACCUACGGACGUGAAAGAGGUUAAGGAAGCUGGCUUAGCUACUGUUAUUGUUGACGACACUAAAAGAAAUUGCAAGGGACGUAAACUAAGAAAUAAAAAAGCUAAAAAACAAAAUGGAUCUGCAUUUCGGACGAACAGUCUGGGAAGUGGAGCCAGGACGCCGCCCUCAGAAAGAAAGGGAAAAUUUUCUUUAGGGAAAUUAUUAAGGCCAUGGAAAUGGAAACGGAAACGAAAAUCGGAUAAAUUAGAGGCUGUGUCUAGAACAUUAGAAAGAAAAAUAUCAGUCCGAGCCAACAGGGAUGAGUUAGUGUCGAAAGGAAUCCUACUGCCAGAAAGCCCUUUGUCUCCGCCCAAGUCCGAGCCAGGCGACUCCAUUCCAUCCCCGUUCUUCCCUCCGAUCUCCGGCCAUGGUGACCUACAGUCAUCCCUUAUCAAUAGCAAUCAGCCCAACAGCCUGCCGCCCAACAUUGCCUCGCCCCAACAGCCGGCCCCGCAGCACCCCGGGCACCCGCCGCCUUACCCCAACCCCCCACCGCCGGGAGCUUCCCCGUUGCUUCCCAUAAACCACCACCACAUGUUGCUACAGCAACAGCUGCUACAGAAUCCCCACUUUGCUGCUGCGAGGGAUAACACUGCCAAUGCCAAUAGUCCUCCGCCUUGUGAGCCCAAAAAAGAUAAGACUGAUGGAAGCAAUGCUCAGAAUGGCGCGAUGUCCCCCAACGGAGAUGGGCAUCUCCAAGUUACCCAACCGGGGAACCACCAGCAGGGAGGGGACGAUGGACGUAAACCGGAACGGCCCAACACCUUGGGUCACGGGAAACUCACUAGGAGACUGUUAUGUUACCAUAGCGAACAUUUUUCUGACGGAACUCAGAUCGGACCACCGGGCUCGACGCCGCCCGCUCAAGAGAAACACGGACCGCACCCGGUGCAGCCGCCCCACGUGCCGCCCUUCGUUUUAUCCGAGUUACCGGAACCGCCCAUUCCAGUGUCGGAGAUAGGACCCAUUCCCCCGCCCCCUAUGUUUAGUUCGCCCAGUCCCCAACCGAGAAGACAAGCAAGUCCCCUACUGAAUCCUGGUGAUUAUGAUUAUGAAGAUAACGAAGACGAUGACGAUUAUGACGCCGAAUGUGAGGAGGAGAAUUCUUACAUGUAUCGAAUGCCGCAACCAGAUCCAACAAUUGAUACAACCAGGAUUGACGAAAUCCCCGCCAAAGAACCGCGAUUUAACGCGAUGCCAUUAAAGUCGGCUUUGAAGAAGAAGAACAGUGGGGGAGGGUCGACCCCUCAAGGCACCCCCACGCAGGAGAACUUCCGCCCUUUGGGUGUCAGGCAACAGGAGCAUAAUUCUAGUUUUAAAAGGCCACUAUCAAGGCCUAGGAUUAGAAUAUGCUCCUCAAAACCGAAAUUUUCCCUGGGUCUACCAACGACAAUGGAAAACAAAGAAAACGCGCGUCCGUACAUAAUAAGAGAGGACGACACCGAUUCGGACUCAACUGAUGGCCCAAUCCCGUAUCGGGAUGACGAUUCCAAUAUGCCCGAAGAAAGUCGGUUGGCAUUAAAAAUCGCUAGGAGGGAAAGUUUGUCUCUUAAGUUGGCCCUGAGGCCCGACAAACAGGAACUUAUCAACAGAAAUAUUUUGCAAAUACAAUCAGAAAACGAGAGGCAGAGCGAGAAAGAAGCGAUUGGCGCACGCCUUAUACGCCGACUGAGCAUGAGGCCGACCCAAGAGGAGUUGGAAGAGAGAAAUAUUUUGAAAAAACAAAGUCCCGCUGAAGAGAAGAAACAGAAAGAUGAGAAGAAGCGGUUCUUGUUGAGAAAGUUGAGCUUCAGGCCAACCGUCGAGGAGCUGAAGGAGAAGAAAAUCAUCCGCUUUAAUGACUACAUUGAAGUCACGCAAGCCCAUGACUAUGAUCGGAGAGCUGAUAAACCUUGGACUAGGUUAACACCGAAGGACAAGGCAGCCAUAAGGAAGGAACUGAACGAAUUUAAAAGUUCCGAGAUGGAUGUGCACGAGGAUAGUCGGCAUUUGACAAGAUAUUACAAAGUAAACACUAAAAUUGUCCAUAGGCAGGAAGUUGUGAUUAGAGCUAGGGCGCCUGUUAGGCCAAAUUUUAAGCAAAAUAUGUAUUAUAUUGUUGGAUAACCCCUUAUUUUUCUCCUAAACGUAAAUUUAUUUGGUAAACUUUUGUGUAUUCCAUAGACCUUGACAAUUGCAAGGCUUAACUUUAGAAGCAAACCAAAUUUCUGUGAUGGGCGUAGCCGUAGUAGGUUUUAUUUUAAAUUUGUUUGUGGGCGCUUAAAAGCGUAUUCUGUGCUCUAUGUACGAUGUUUUUACAUAGGUUAAUAUUACACACCGAUUUGUGUAAAUAAUAAAUUGUUUUUUUGUACAAAGGUGAUUUUAUAUCUACUCAAAAAAAAUGUUUUUAAUGAUAAUAAUAGUAGUAGCUAGAAUGAGAAGUAAUAAUUUUCAUAUUAUGGGGACACCCUGUAUAGGAUAAUGCCUUGUACAUAGCGGACGAACAUCUUCGAAAUUCACUUUUACAUCACAACAGUGCAAUAUUGGGUGCUACAUUUUAUUUACUUACAACCGAAGGAAGAAGAAGUCAAUUUGUUGGAAAUUUAUAUGUUGUUUGUGAUAAUUCAUGUUUUUGUCUCCUUUUGAAUUGUUUUCAAUAAUUGCUUAACGGGAAGCAUGUGCAUACAUCUUUUUACAACUCCGAAUCUCUUUUGUUAUGUAUAUUUGAUUCGUUUAUUAUUGUUGCUAAGGAGAGAAAAAUCUGGAUUGUACACUAAAUUGAAAAAGUCAAAAUUAAGAUGUUUAGCUUUCUAGAAAAAAAAAUGAAUUUUAGGAGCAGAAGAAGAAAAGCCACUUUAAUCCCAGCAUAAUCAAUCAUAAAUCUUUCUGUAGAUGAUUUUCAUUAAAAACGAGUAAAAGGAAAACACUUUGUAAUAUUUAAAAAUGUUCGAACUAAUCAUUUCUUUAAGUCUGGUUUUAAACUUUAUUUGUAAGUAAACAAGCGAAGGAACAAAAUCGACUGUUGCGGUAUUCUAAUCGUCAUUUGGUUUAUACACGAUUUUUAUAGGAGAAGAGUCUAGAGAUAAAACUUAGAGAUAAUGUUGAAAUUCACUAAAUAAGUAAAAUUAAGACACGCAGAACAAAUUCUACUAUUGACACGACGAACCGGCAGAAAAACUUAUGAUUUAUUUUAUUUAAAAGUUUAUAUUUUUGUACUCGGUCUCCUUUUAGGUGAAUUUUAUCUGUAAAUACCAUAUCCCAACGUUCGGCGCCAAUUUCGAAAGACAAAUCAAAAUUCUAUAUAAAUUUUGUAUGCAACGUAUGUUGUUUACUCUUUUUUGUUUAUAAUUGUAUAUUAUUAACUUUUACUUGUAAGAUAUUUAGUUUAUGUACUGUCAUUUUAGUCCAAUUUAUUGUUUUUCCUAUAUCAAACCGAUCAAUACUUGUUAAAAAAAAAAUUCAAUCCUUGGUCCAAUUUUGGUUUCUACGUAAUAUUUAUUCCAAUAAAAUACACUAAUUUGGACCAUCUAUAUACCUAAUAAAGUAGCGAAAUUAUUUAUUUUCAAAAAUGAAGCUUGUAAAAUAGAAUAAUAAAAAUGCCUAUUAAAAAUC